CACGGUCGUCCUGCGCGAGGCGCGUGAUUAUUUUUAUUGUGGAGAAUGCCAGUCGGAAGUCGCGCUGUUUCCCGUCUGCUCUGAUUUGAUCCCAGGUCCGCUAAGCUGCAGCAGAACAGCCGAGAAACCAUGGAGCGCAACAAGACGCGUCGGAGAGAGUCGCGGAGCGGACGAGAGGAGCGCCAGUCGGAGCUCUGUUUCUAAGUCACUUUCAGCGACGGUGGGCGGAAUUUGCUCCACCAGCAGGUGGACACUGAGUUUUUCCACGCGUGCUUAAAUCGACUGGAGAGGUCUAGGAAAGAAAAAAAAUAGUGUUGGAGUGACCAGCAGUUACCAAAGAACCGGAGGAGAGGAGGAAUUAAAACAAAGGAGAAACGAAUGUUCUGUGGACGAAAAUGCGCUGAUAUUUUAUCCGACGCGUUUGGAGAUUUUGCGCCGUGUUUGGAACAUGUGCACGGCGUGCGCCGCGUAAAAGCCCGGGCUGCUUUAAUGUCGCAUGACCCCGAAAGGAACAGUUACUUUUCCUUAAGGAAACCGUGAGCGGAGCCGAGGUUUUCACGAAGGAGGAGGCACAGGACCGAAACCGACAACGAGUCACCGAACCGUGAACCAUGGUGAAGUUUCAUAACUCGGACCUAUGGAUAGCCUGGAUGCUCGUUUUUUGCAUGGAGGGUUCAAGGUUUUAUCUACACACUGGGAAAGUUAGCGUGCAGGCCCUGGACGUGACCGUGUCCCAGAGCAGUGUCCAGGUGGCCCGGGGCCAAGCAGCCGUCCUCCCCUGCUCCUUCACCACCAGCGCUGCCCUCACCAACCUCAACAUCAUCUGGAUGGUGAUACCGCUGUCCAACGCCAACCAGCCCGAACAGGUCAUCAUCUACCAGGGCGGCCAGGUGUUCAGCCUCGCCAACCACCUCAACGGCCGAGUGGGCUUUGUGGCCACCAUGCCAAGCACAAGUGCCUCCAUCUUCAUCAACAACACCCAGCUCUCUGACACUGGGACCUACCAGUGCCUGGUCAACAACCUCCCGGACCGAGGGGGCCGCAACAUCGGCGUCAUCGGGCUCACCGUGCUGGUGCCCCCCUCCGUGCCAGCAUGUCGAAUCCAGGGCACGCUGGACGUAGGCAGCGACAUCAUGCUGGUGUGCAGCUCGGAGGAAGGCAUCCCCACGCCGUCCUACUCCUGGGAGAAGCUGGACGCCCUGCCCCGGCUGCCGCACAACGCCAUGCAAGACCAGAUGCAGGGCACCGUCGCCCUCAGGAACAUCAGCACCAGCACCUCGGGCCUCUACCAGUGCACGUCCAGCAACGCUAUCGGCAAGAGCACCUGUCUGCUCAACGUGCAGGUCGUGGCCCCUCAGCCUCAGAGCGUGGGCCUGAUAGCGGGGACCAUCGCCACAGGGGUCCUGGCCGUCAUCAUCUGCUCCCUGCUGGUGGCGGUCACGCUCUUCUACUGGAAGAACAAGAACAAAUACGACGAGGAGGAGAUCCCCAACGAGAUCCGAGAGGACGACCUUCCCCCCAAGAGGUCGUCGUCGGUCAAGGCGUUCCACGCCGACGCCUCGUCCUCGGAGAACGACACGCUGACGUCCACCAACACCUACAACAGCCGCUACUGGCACAACCCCAAACCCAACUACGACACCAACUCCUACACGCGCUACAACGGCGACACGCGCCACACCUUCUCGGCCGCCGCCCACGGCGCCCACGGGCCGGGCCAGGGCGCGGGGCACGGCGCCGCCCCGGGCUCGGUGCCGCUGCCCCGCCACGCGCCGCCCCCGGCGCCGCUCGCCAACGGCGGCCACACGCUGCCGCCGCCCAAGACGCUGGUGGUGACCACGAACUCGGCGCCGUCGCCCCCCGCCAUGGUGCGCAGCAACGGCUCCGUGAGCCUCAAGCCGGCGGCGCCGGCAGCGGCGGCGGCGCACGGCCAGCACACGCACUCGUACGCCGUGAGCCAGGCCACGCUGGAGCGCAUGGGCGCCGUGCCCGUCAUGGUGCCGGCCCAGAGCCGAGCGGGCUCGCUGGUUUGAGACCCGCCGCCGCCGCCGCCUGAAGGACGGCGCGUCUGGGCUGAAGCAGCCCGAUGACUGUUUCUGUAUGUCUGACCUUUUUAAUCCCAAAACGAACUGGACUUUUACAGCGCGGAGUUCAUUCAAUGCCAAUUCAGUGAUGGACAGAACCUGUGUUCUGUACAAAGGCACCAGCUGGAAAUUGGUCAUCCCCUUGUCUGACGUGUUUGUGAUCAGCUGCACUUGGACCGUUUGUAAAGUCUGAAGGCACGAGGAGUCCUAGAGGCCGUUCAGGCCUGGAUGCUGGUGAUGAGCGGGUGUCAUCCUGUUUUUUUUGUUGUUUUUGUUGUUUUUUUUGUUUUUUUUGGCAUGGCCAGAAAAAGUCAGCUUGGAUUCCUACAUACUGUAAAUGCAUGUGUCCCUUGUUUUAGGAUAACAAAUUAAGUCCAUAUUAUUUCUACUGGCUUCUGUUUUUCUCAGUUUUAACGUUGGUUGACUUGAUGAUAGUGAUGCUGAGGAUCAGGCUUCGUUAAUGAAUGAUUACACAGAAUGAAUGAACUAAUGGCGCUUGAAAUGGCCUUAGAGGUUUAGAGAGAUGGGUUUUACUGAUUGAAUAUAUUGCAUAGUUUACUGUACUACACUGAAUGCAACAUUUUGAUUAUGUUACUGCACAUUUCAAGGCAACAAUAACUGAGUCUUUACUUAUAGAACUUUAAUGAAACUCUUUUGCUAAUACAGUGUGAGGGUGAAGCAUUCGCUGGUGUAGGGCUGAUUUCAACUGGAACCUGCAGAACCUUCUGUUUUUUGUUGCUGGUCCUCAUUUGGUUCACGCCGCAUCAGUGCUGCUUUAGAAGACGUGGAUGAGAGGAUGUCUUAUUUCAUAAAUGCUUUAAGAGACAAAGAUGAGGUGGAAGGUGAUUCCUCCCUUUAUAACGGCUGUACAUACUGUAACUACGACAGUAGCCUAGUUUGUGAUUUUAAAAUAAGGACAAAGAUACAUAUUGAUACAUAUUUUACAACUCGUGUCUUAAUUUUAAAGAUUUUUUUUCUAAUACAAGUCAACUGUGGGUUUGAGCUACAGAGGCACAGAAAGCAUAUUAUUUUUAUAUUUUGUUUUUUUAAAUAAUUAUUAUAAAAUUACAGGAUCUGAGAUAAAUCUAAUUUGGUUUAACACCAACAGCAACGUUUUGGUAAAAUAUAGACACUAAUGCUUAGAACGUACCACUGUGUAUUUAACUAAAUCUGUUGGCUGGAGUUUCCCCAGUAAUCCCGAUUACACACACAGUAAUAAUUUAUUGUGGCUUCAAUACAAUAUUUGAAGAGCAACUCUUUGUGUGUCACUUAACACACUGUAGGGUGUUGGAAAGCGGGUUCUCCCUUUUAAGCGAUGUCUGGUUUAAUAUAUCUAAUUUCUGAGAUUUAGUCGAAACAAGCCAUUCCUUUAAUUUGUGCUAACAUUACAAAAAUAAGGCUGACAGUCUACACGGUCCAGAUCAGUCACUAGUUCACAGGUUCGACUACAGUUAUGCAACCACUGUCGCAGAUACGUUUAUCUGGUUAUUUGUUUGUAGUUUUUCUCCCUUAAGAGCAAGCUUUUGUUGCCUGUCUGCCUGCAACACACACACACACACACACACACACACACACACACACACACACACACACACACACACACACACACACACACACAAAAGAGGCCACAUAAUCAAACAGCACUUUCUCUUCUUUUUCGUCUGACAGUGUUUUCAGUCUUUCUGUCUGUGAAGGUUUCACUCUAUGCUCUUAACGCUGGAUGACAGAGCUUUGGCUCUUUUCUUUCCUGUUAGAAGACAAACAGCGAGCUGGAAAAGGCUAAACUGAGAUUAUUCGAGCACAAUCAGUAGAAAACUACUGAGGUUCUAACCCAGGUUAUGUAAACAUUGUAUCUUCUGCCCUGGCCAUAGACUGGCAUGUGGUUACCAUGGUGAUGUGGGUUCUGUACAUAAAUAAAAACGUGAUAUAUUGCCAAUAGCAAAAGCCAUUUGUAAAUAUGUAAACAACAUCUUGUUCUUACUGUUGGGUUGAAAAUUAAAAUAGGACAAAUAACACCAGAACUUGUAGUGAAUAAAUAUUGUUACUACAUUCUA